AUGCAGGUAAAUGGAGGUUCGCAUGCAGGUAACAAGCUUGCGAUGCAGGAGUUUAUGAUUCUUCCUGUUGGAGCUUCUUCUUUCAAGGAAGCCAUGAAGAUGGGUUCUGUUAUUAAAAAGAAAUAUGGUCAGGAUGCCACCAACAUUGGUGAUGAAGGUGGCUUUGCUCCUAAUUGUGAUUCACCCACGUUGCAUCGCGCGGGUAUAUUCGUUAGGGUGUAUAAGCUCUCCAUUUCAUCCCACAUUGGUGUCAGAAUGAGAUACAAAGUCAGAGCAGAGAUUGGGAAAAGAAAAGGAGAAAAGAAGGGGCAGGGGAGGAAAAACAGCAAUAACGGCUAUUUGAGGAAGAAGGGGGAAAGAUUGUGGCUUCUUCAGGUUAAGAAAGCACUCGGGAGGAGGUUGUAG